CCUCCAAAGUUAACAGGGAUAAAUCUUUGCCCUCUCCUGCUAAUCCUCUUUGCGUGCUGUGAGAGUGCUGGCAGGACUGUGAGAAAAGGAGCUGCACAAAAGGAAAAGUGACCAUGGUAAAAAGAGUAGCUAUUAUUGGCGCUGGAGUGAGUGGACUGGCAUCCAUCAAAUGCUGCCUAGAUGAAGGACUGGAACCUACCUGCUUUGAGAGGAGUGAUGGCAUUGGGGGACUUUGGAGGUUCACGGAAUCUGCAGAGGAUGGCAGAGCCAGCAUUUACCACUCUGUGUUCACCAACUCUUGCAAAGAAAUGAUGUGCUAUCCCGACUUUCCUUUCCCAGAAGAUUUCCCAAACUAUAUGCACAAUACCAAGCUUCAAGAAUAUAUCCAGAUGUACGCCAAGCACUUUGAUCUUGUUAAAUACAUAAAGUUUAAGACUCUUGUGAGCAAUAUUAGGAAACGUCCAGAUUUCCCUACCACAGGCCAAUGGGAUGUCAUGACAGAAAAGGAUGGCAAGGUGGAAUCAGCCAUAUUUGAUGCUGUUAUGAUUUGUUCUGGACAUCAUGUCUAUCCAAAUACUCCAAUUAAUAGCUUUCCUGGGUUAAGGAAAUUCAAGGGCACCUUCUUCCACAGUCGGGAAUACAAAGGACCUGAAAAGUUCAAGGGAAAGAAAGUUCUGGUGAUUGGCCUUGGGAACUCUGGCUGUGACAUUGCUGUGGAGCUUGGUAACACAGCCUCCCAGGUUUAUCUCAGCUCUAGAAGUGGAUCCUGGAUAAUGAGUCGUGUCUGGGACAACGGCUAUCCUUGGGACAUGUUGGUCAUCACUCGCUUUGAAACAUUCCUCAGGAACAUCCUCCCAACAGCCAUCUCUGACUGGUUGUAUGUGAAGCAAAUGAACAGGUGGUUCAAACAUGAGAACUAUGGCCUAAUGCCACUAAAUAGAACUCUGCGCAAGGAGCCAGUCUUCAAUGAUGACCUCCCAAGCCGCAUCACAUGUGGUACUGUAGUGGUGAAACCCAAUGUGAUGGAAUUUACAGAAACGUCUGCAAUAUUUCAAGAUGGGACCAUACAGGAAGGCCUUGACUAUGUCAUCUUUGCAACAGGCUACAGCUAUUCCUACCCGUUCAUGGAGGAUGAAUCCAUCAUCAAGUGCAGGAACAAUGAAGUCACCUUGUACAAAAGCAUUCUUCCCCCUCAGCUGGAAAAACCUACCUUGGUGGUUAUUGGUUUAGUCCAGUCUCUUGGGGCAGCCAUCCCAACCGCAGACCUUCAGGCUCGUUGGGCCAUAAGAGUGUUUAAAGGUUUAUGUAAGCUGCCUUCAGAGAGCAGCAUGAUGGACGACAUAGAUGAGAAAAUGGGAAGUAAGCUCAAAUGGUAUGGUCAGAGCGAUACCCUACAAACAGAUUAUGUUGUCUACAUGGAUGAACUUGCCUCCAGUAUAGGUGUAAAGCCCAACAUUCCACUCCUCUUCCUGACUGAUCCCAAGCUGGCUCUAAAAGUCUAUUUUGGCCCCUGCAGUCCAUAUCAGUUCCGUUUAUCAGGACCAGGGAAGUGGGACGGAGCUAGAGACGCCAUCUUGAUGCAAUGGGACCGAACACUGAAGGCCACAAGAACCCGUGUCGUGCAGAGCGCUCAAGAUUCUUUCCCACUCUUUCCUUUGUUCAAAAUACUCACCAUCCCACUUCUCCUUGUUGCUGUUUUUGUGAUGUUUAACUGAGUAAUAUCAGUGCCAAAAUGUAUGCAACAGAGUACUACAUGGUUUAUUAAAAGUAAGUUUUAUUGAAAAGGUAAACAUUUUCAAGCAAUUUUAUAAGUGAAACAUAAAUUAGAAUGCCUCUCCCGCUAUGAACCUACCUGCUCACUUCAUUCAGCAUCUAAGGCCCUCCUCCGGGUACCAACCCAUCGUGAAGCCCGGAGGGUGGUUACUAGAUCUAGGGCCUUUUCUGUGGUGGCCCCCGAGUUGUGGAAUAGCCUCCCCGAAGAGGUACGCCUGGCGCCUACAUUAUUAUCUUUCUGGCGCCAGGUAAAGACCUUCUUAUGCUCCCAGGCAUUUUAAUCAUUUUAAUCUUUUUAUCUUUUUAAUCUUGUAAUACUAAUCCUUUUAUCAUCUUAUAUUUUGUUUAAUUGUAUUUUGUUUUCAUUGUGUCUUAUAUGUUUAGUGAUUUUAUUAUUAUGAUGUAUGUAUUUUAUCCUAUUCUGUUUACCGCCCUGAGAGCUACUUGCUAUGGGCGGUAUAUAAAUGCAACAAAAUAAAUAAAUAAAUAAAUAAAUAAAUAAAUAAAUAAAUAAAUAAUGAUAACAUGCAAAAAUACAACAACUGAACCAUGGUAGGGGAAAUACUGACCAAUCACAUAGGAAAGCACGGAAAGAAGGGCUGAUUUCAAAAGCAUUUGGGAGGGUGCAAGCAAGGAAUGCAAACCCCCGAGCCUCCCUUGUCAAGUGUCUUUCUCCCUGUUUAGAACAUUCCCAGCACUGGAGCUGGUCCGAGGAAAAACACAUUGGGGGACAGAAGCUGCAAAAAGGGUAAGUCAUGGAGGUGUCUCUAUUCUUUACCAAUGUGCCCCUUUUGCUUUUAAAAUCAAGCACACGUUCUACAUGACGGACAAUCCAAGUGGAACUGCUGUUACAAUUUCUGCCCUGGGCCCCCCCUUUUUUUAAAAAAAAACUCCUGGUCUUGCUAGGCAAGUAGGGCAAGCUGCAACACUGUAUGGGGGGGGCAUUGCACAAAUAUUAAACUAGCACCUAAACCCAGUCAUCUGGUACUGUGUUAGUCUCCAUUGCCCACUGCCAGAUAAGCCCACGAGAGCCCAAUGAUGGAGAAGGGGACCUACCAAAGUAUAUUUUGCCAAGAAUGAUCACAUAGUAGCCCUUUUCAGGCAUUUGUUCCAAAAAUCUGAAGGGGCCUGCAAGAACACAUGGGACUAUGUCUGCCCCCUUGAUGACACUUGAUGGAGGGCCAUAUGAUGAUGGUAGUAAUUAACAUUCAUUGUUUGAUUCUUAACCUGUCUCCCCCUUGCAUCUUUAUUUUUUUUAAAAACUGUGACUUUAGCCAAAAUCAGUUAUUUACUAGUCUGUUGCCUCAGGCAGGCAAAGAGUAUCUUGGCACCAGCACACUGACGAAAGUAAGAAAGGGGAAAGGAAAAAAAAUAAGUUGGUUAACUUCAAACAGGCUAACUGUAAGGUCAAGAACUCAGUAGACAGUACUACUAAAGGUUUGAAGAUAAUUUGUGUUCAGUUUUCAACUUUCAAAAUUACAUCACAUCGCUGAGGUGGAAAAAAAAAUCAACUGCACAAGCCUCAUUGAAUUGUGUUUGUGUGGGGCUUCUGUCUCCUUUCCUCAGACAAACAAUAACCCUGGGGCAAGAUGCCUUCUUGAUGGGCAAGUACCUGACUCAUUUACUUCUGAAUAUUAAAAAAAAUGCAGACCAUCAUUAGAAAAAACAAUAAUGAUACUUUUCUGCAAUGGAAAAGGUCAAAAUGGGAAAAGCAGAAAACAAUUAAGUGCUAACUACAACAGACCAUAACCGGCUGCUAGUUUGUUGAAAUGACAACCAAACUGACACCAAACUGUGAACUACAUCCCUAAACUAGAGUAAAUAAAAAAUGGGAGUGAAAACUUAUAAUCUUGCAGUAACCCUAGAGUUGGAGAGGGACAGCAUACAAGCUCAAGGCUUGCAUGUGUUCAUUUCAAUCAUGGUCUCCGCACUUCAAGAAGGAUGUAGACAAACUGGUACAGGUUCAGAGGAGGGCAAGGACUGGAAACCAAGCCCUAUGAAGAGAGACUGAAAGAACUGGGCAUGUUUAGACUGCAGAAGAGAAGACUGAGGGGAGAUAUGAUAGUACUCUUCAAGUACAUGAAAGGUUGCCACACAGAGGAGGGCCAGGAUCUCUUCUCGAUCGUCCCAGAGUGCAGGACACGGAAUAAUGUGCUCAAGUUGCAGGAAGCCAGAUUUCGACUGGACAUCAGGAAAACCUAACUGUUAGAGCCAUACGACCAUGGAAACAAUGACUUAGAGAGGUAGUGAGCUCUCCGACACUGGAGGCAUUCAAGAGGUAGCUGGACAACCAUCUGUCGGGAAUGCUUUGAUUUGGAUUCCUGCAUUGAGCAGGGGGUUGGACUUGAUGGCCUUAUAGGCCCCUUCCAACUCUACUAUUCUAUGAUUCUAUGAUAAACCAUUGUUUACUGUGACAUCCAAAUGGAGCCUUUCUUUGCUAAGAAGGUGCUGUACAAAUCUUAAUAUGCUACUUUCUCAGCUAGUAGCAAGGCUAAUAUGUAAUUUAUUAUGCUUCUGGCUUUGUUUCUCUAUUUAUUUUGUAAUGAUUUAAAGGUUUUCAAAAAGAAAAAUGACUAACAGCUAUAUUGCUACAUCCUGCUUUUUGUAUCAGCUAAGACUGAUAUAUUUCCCCUUAGAACAAACAAUGUGCUGUACAUAACAAACUUGUAUGUGACCUGCUCUUUCAAGGGUGUACGACCCCAUCCAAAGCAAGCAAUUGACCAAUUAUCUGGACUCGGAAAUCACUCGCCCACAGCAUCUCUGUCUUGCCAGGAUUCAGUCAGUUUAUUGGCCCUCAUCCAGCCUACCACCAAGUCCUAGCACCAGUCCAGGACUUACACAGCCUCUCCCAAUGCAGAUGUUACAGAGAAAUAGACCUGGGUAUCAUCAGCAUACUGCUGACACCUUGCCCCAAAUUUCUUAAUGACCACUCCCAAAGGCUUCAUACAGAUGUUAAACAGCAUGGGGGAGAAGAUGGUACCCUGCGGUAUCCCACAGCACAACUGCCAGGGGGCUGAAAGAUAAUCACCCAUUGAUGUCAGAAGUGCAGGUGCCUAUAGUUCACCUAUAUUGACCUAAGGCAUCAAGUGCCUCUACUGCAGCUUAAAAAACACCUAAGUUGUUGAGUAGGCAUCUGUUCUAUGUUACCAUGGCCUAAGCAAGGGUAAACCUCUGCAAAACGGGAAUCAAGAGGAAAUCUAUGAAGCAGGCAAGUAAACACCCUGGCAAGAGCAGCAUGAAGGAAGAUGAUCUCUCACUGAAGCAAGAAAUAGAACCCACCUCUCUACACACACAACCACACACAAAAAUGAAUGGGUCCUUUAGACCAUCAGUAAACAUUUAAAAGCCUUAGAUGCCAAAACAUGUGCAGUUUUCCCCCAAUAGCUUUCUUUCCCCCACUUUAUCAAAAUGGAGCCAUAGAUGCUGUAAUCCAAAGAGAAAUUACUUAAUUAUUUCUGCUCCAGCAUUUUUUUCCAUUACAAAUUGCCCGUAUCAGUUGUUUUUUUUCACAAAGGAGAAAAUAUAUAGGUAGAAUUAUCUUCUGUGGGUAUAUCCCCUUCCCCUCCAUGUGGAAUCCACUUGAGAGGGCAAUUUUAGAGGGUGGAAAUGCUCGACAGGAAAAAAUUAAGGGCUUAUCCACAUGGGAGUGUUAGGUAGAAAACAACGAGCCUAAAUAACUCUGUAAAUACUGAACCAAAGUUGCAAAGCAUGUUGGAACACAGAUGGGAGGGGGAACGCAAACACUCUAAGUCUCGUCUCUGUUCAUGGGAAUUUGACCUCGGAGGUGCCUGCAAGUCGGCAACAAUGUUUUCAGAAGAUAAUAAACUGAAGCUGUCCUUGAGUGUUUUAUUCUCGCGGCACUCGAUGUGUACUUACACCCAUGUAUCUUCUUUUAUAAUUGAGGUUUAGUAUUUCUCUCUAAAUUCUUUUUGGGUACUUCUUCGGAGGUCUAGUAAUAGAACUUCGUAGUUUCAUUGAUAUGAGGCCUCCUCAGAGCCAUAUGUGUUUUCUUGUAUAUAUGUUCCCAUGUUUAUGACCACCAGAAGUGUCAGUUACUCUCCUCAUCCCUACUCUUAUCUCACAAUGUAUUACUCAAGGGCUACAAAGAUUCAAGGGAGGAACGUCCUGGCUUUUGAAUUGUAGCAAGGAUCUGCUACUUGUCUCUGACGUUGUCAAUAAUGUUAUGUUACAUUUUGUUUAUUGCGCUUUUACUCCUGAAACCUAUAUAUUGAUUCUGCUUACAAUAAAGAGGGGCCUUCACUCUUGCCUGGCUGACGUGCCUGUGUAAGACUGAGGUCGCUUUUGAUCAAGA